CAAAUAAGUGUUGCGAUCAAUUCAUAAGUGAUAUGAAUCAAGUGUUUAGAAAAUUAUCAGUCGUUAAAUUGACGACCAAUUUUGCCGAAGCGGUCAAACUAGUGGAGCAGCCAUUAGUCACACCGGCAGACAAUCAGGUGCUUAUCAAGAAUAUAUACGCCGGGGUUAACGCAUCCGAUGUGAACAUAACAGCCGGCAGAUACUUCACAGAUGCAAAAGUGCCCUUUGAUGUGGGGUUUGAGGUAUUUAUUGAUCUAUCAUGUUAUGAAUUAUAUAAUUUCAUGUCAAUCAAUGUCACUCAAACACUGUGUAUUAUACCGGGUUUGGGUGUAAUCCAUGCGUUGGGCAAAAAUGUGACCAAAUAUCGUGUGGGACAGCCGGCACUCUUCCUCGAGUCUAAAGCCUAUUCAGAAUAUGUGUACAUAAAACAAGAGAAUGUAAUACCGGUUCCCGAAUUAAAACCCGAUUAUCUGACACUUUUGCGCGGACUUAUCAAAGAAGGCGAAAAAGUGCUCAUUACAGCGGCAGCCGGCGGAACAGGUCACUUAUGUGUUCAAUGGGCUAAGAAGAAAGGGUGUCACGUAAUCGGGACCACAUCAUCGCCAGAGAAGGCAAACAUGUUGAAAGAGUUGGGAUGCGAUCGAGUUAUCAAUUAUAAAACUGAAAACCUAAGCGAAGUUCUCCGCAAUGAAUACCCGGAUGGCAUUGAUGUUGUCUGGGAGUCAAUCGGAGGCGAAAUGUUUAAUACAUUAGUUAAACAUUUAAGAAUUAAAGGACGUCUUGUGGUGAUGGGCAGUAUCAGUGGAUACACGACCGGCGGUUCUACCAUUGCUGGCAAUCUAUCGCAACUAACGAAUAGAUUAAUCCUAAAGUCAAACUCAUUGAACGGAUUUUUAUUUACACAAUAUACCGAAGAGUUUCCCCAAUAUUUACCAAAAUUAAUCCAAAUGUUGGCGAAGAAUGAAUUGAAAGCGGUUCUGGAUUUGGGACAAAAUACCAGUGGAGGAGAGUUUAAGGGCAUUGAAUCCGUCGUAAGAGGUGUUGAGCAUCUGCACACCGGUCGUAGUAAUGGCAAAGUUGUGGUCAAAAUACAAGAACCUUAAAAUGAUAAUCAUUUUAUGUUUUUUAAAUGUAAUAUUUAAAUCUGUAUUUUGUUGUCAUUUAGCGAUUAUUAAAUAUCACAUUAAUUACUA